UAGAAUUCGGAAGUUCCGUCAACCAAAAAAAUCCGACGUAUAAAAAAAUCAGAGCCCAAAUCGAAAAUGCUCCAAAUUCCGACCCGAACGGAAAUGAAUCCCUAAAAUCUCAAAAAUUGAAUGUUGGCGCUGAUGGCGGAAGUCACGGCGGAGUCACCGAACACAAUUCUCCCGGAGGAGUUGAUGAUCGAAAUCCUUUCUAGAGUUGAGUCAAGCAAUCCUCAGGAAUUAAGGUGUGUUUGCAAGUUGUGGAAAUCACUAGUUUUUGAUACUCAAUUCCUGGAGAAUCACCUUAUAAGAUCGUUCACUGAAAUCACCGUUCUACUUGUUACGGCCUUUGAUAAAUUAAAGUCUUUCAAGACGCUUCAAGAAGAAGAAGAUGACGAAGAAGCAGUAGAUGAAGAAGAAGAUGACGAAGACGCAGAAGAAGAAGAAGAAGAAGAGAAUGGUGAUGAAGAAGAAGAAGACGGUGAUGACGAUGACGAUGAUGUUGAUGUUGAUGUUGAUGUUGAUGAUGAUGAUGAUGAUGAUGAUGAUGAUGACGAUGAUGAUGAUGAUGAUGAUGAUGGUGACGACGACGACGACGAUGAUGAUGAUGAUGAUGUAGAAGGAGAAGAUGUUGAAGAGGAAGAACCGGUGAUGAUUGUAAUUGAUAAGUUACGUCAGGAGAGGGAGGUAUCUCCGUUGGAUAAUCUUUUGAAGAUUUUGAAGUAUUUGAAAGGGAAAUUUGAAACUAUCAGAGAUGACAUUCAAGCUGUGGAGGAUAGAGUCAAGUGCCUCCAAAAUUUUCUGCUGGCUUAUCUCAAGUCAUCAAAAUCUUCAUCUUCUUAGUUAUUAUGAUCAUCAAUGGUUUCAUUUUGCUUUUAAUCUCUUUUGAAAAGUUGCAACUUCUCGUUUAUUAGAUUAUCAUUUUGCUUCUUUUUGGUUCAGUUUAAAAUGAAUGGAUUAGUAAAAAAUGAAUUAGUGAUUUUGAUGCCAUUGUUUGUGUUUAGUUGAAUGUGAAUAAUUGAACAACUAUGCUUAUUCUUGUUGGAAUCGAUAUUUGCAGUUGAGGUAGAA